CAGUCUCUUUGCUGCUCAAGUGUAUCCCUCAACACCUCGUGAAGGGAGUCUUUCAUCCAAUGUCCAAGUUCAACGCUACCGCCCCGUCCUUCACACCUGGAGACGUCUCCGUGACUCCGGGCGUUGUGCCUGCCGUUUCUGUCAACGUUGCGCCCCCUGCUUCGAUCCACUUGCCACCAAAGUCGCAAAAACAAAAGACACAGAAGGUAAAGACGCCGAAAUCACCACGACCGCCACGGAGCCAGCCUAAAUUCACCCACGCACGGCCCGUGACGCGUCCAGGUACGCAGAAAUCACUCGACACGGGAAUCGACAACUACGAGAUGUUUCUUGAGGACAGUCUCGCUAACGGGCAGUUAAAGACCAGUGGACGCAAAGGGCGGAUUUCCCUCAACCACUUGUUGGAUUUGUCGUAUGAAGAAACCAGGGACUUCCCACCGGUGACCCACAGACGGAAGUACCCGACCCGGGAAAAAGUCCAUUUGAGUGGCGCAGCGUAUAUCAACGCGAACUACAAGUUUGUGGUGGACCACCGCUACAGCUCGGCUCAAGACCCGAAUCUUCCAGUGGAGCAUAGCUCCAUUUUGCGUGUGGUGGUGCCCCGCGGCUUGCAGGCAUGUCCGAUCUGUCUCUCCGACGAUCCGGUGGCUCCGCGGAUGUUGACAAAUUGCGGUCACGUCUUGUGUUUAACGUGUUUAUUGAGCUUGAUGGACUCGAAACCGCUCGAAAAGGCGCCUCAGAAGUACAAGGAGUGUCCGUUGUGCGCGGUGCGAGUCAACCCCAAAACCGUGUUGCCGGUGCUCAUCAACGACGUGGACUUGUCGUUUGAGACUCCAAAAGUCGGUGAUGAAGUAAUAUUGACCUUGCUCGCAAGGCCCCAUAACCAUAUGGUCCCAGUUCCCGUGAAUAUGUUGCCAUUUUUGGGUAACCGCCAGAGCUCGAAGAUCAGCCCCAUUCCGUGGCACUUCCAACACGAAGCAGCCUUGUCUUCCCGACUCGUCAAGGGCGAUCUCCGCUACGUGCUUGACCAGUAUGAACAGGAAGUGCUUCAAAUCAACGAGAGUUUCGAGACCGACAAGUUGCUCUACGGGGUCCAUAACGCUAACCAGGUCCAUGUGUUCAAGGCGGUGGAGCAGAUCCGCCACGAGCAGGAAUUGGCCAAGAUUCGUUUCGAGCACGGUGAACAGCUCCUGCCGGCUGCGAUCGAGGAGUUAUGCAACUUCCAGCUUCCCGCGGGAGAUCUCGGCAUGGUGUUUAACGACGCAAAUACCAGUUUUUUCUACUCCACCGCGUUCAACAACAUCACUACACACUACUUUCUCUCGCCGCUAGACGUCAAGAUUUUGCGGGCGUCUCACGGCGGCCAGUAUUCGGCCUUCCCCGCGGUUUUGAUCAAAAAGAUCCGCAAUAUUGUGCCGUUUGAGUUGACGUUGGGCAACGUCACUUCCACGUUGAAAUACUUGAACUACUUGCCGCUUGGAACCCAGCUAGCAUGGCUUGAGUGCGAAUGGGGCCGAAACGAACUUCAUCCGGACGUGUGGGCCGAGUUCCUGCUGGCAAUCACAUCCCGCGAUAAAAGGCUCAAGACCAAGGCAGUCGUGGAGGAGCGCAACAAGGUCCAUGCCAUGAGGCGAGAGGAGCAGCACAUGCGCGACUUCUACCAACGUGAAAACAACAGUUUCGUCCACCAAGUUAACAACGGCUGGGAGCAGACCCCGACAGAAGGGUUCCCUCACGAGCACCUUAAUGAUGGAGAUGCCUUACCCGCGUUGGAGCAUGGUGAGCAGCCUGUUUCGGGGGUCAAGCAGUAUACUGUAUGGGGCACCGCCAUUCCUGCCGGUGACAAGGACGAGGACGAGGAGACGCAGGUGCUUCUAGAACAGCUUAGGCAGCAGAAGUUGGAUACGCCUGGCAAGAGUGGCCCAGGAAAGAAGAAGAAGAAGAAGUUGGUCUUGUUGAGUAGCACAAAUUCCCGCAUGGGCUAGCUAGAGCGUACGGGUGCACAUGUGGUACUCUAUUAACGUUUAGUUAUGAAUAAAGGCCUUUGGGAGCGUGCUAUAAUUGAUGAGUGACGAUGAAUAUAUAUAACUAGUUGGAAGGAGUUCAGCGGCGUAUACAUCGAUGGUUUUUGACUAUAACCUUCCCAGCCCAACAGUAACUUUAAGGCUCUAUAUACGAAGCCGCAGUUCAGCCACAUACAUUUGAAUAUAUGGUCAUGGGUUGUGAAUAAGCCCAGUAUUUGAAUG